UGUUUCCUCAUCUCAGUAGCAGUUCCUCAGUUAGACCUGAUCAAACAGACUACAGAGAGGAGCACAACAGAACCAGUUUGUCUGUAAUACCUGAUCUAACAAACUACAGAGAUGAGCAUAACAGAACAGCACAGACCAGAUCAGCAGCUCUGAAAAGCACCAUCAUUGGAGAGAGAGAGUUAGCUCUGGAGGAAGAGCUGUUGUUACAGAACCCCGGUGUCUGAUACCUUCAUCUGGUUCUGGAGGAAGAGCUGUUGUUACAGAACCCUGGUGUCUGAUACCUUCAUCUGGUUCUGGAGGAAGAGCUGUUGUUACAGAACCCUGGUGUCUGAUACCUUCAUCUGGUUCUGGAGGAAGAGCUGUUGUUACAGAACCCCGGUGACUGAUACCUUCAUCUGGUUCUGGAGGAAGAGCUGUUGUUACAGAACCCUGGUGUCUGAUACCUUCAUCUGGUUCUGGAGGAAGAGCUGUUGUUACAGGACCCUGGUGUCUGAUACCUUCAUCUGGUUCUGGAGGAAGAGCUGUUGUUACAGAACCCUGGUGUCUGAUACCUUCAUCUGGUUCUGGAGGAAGAGCUGUUGUUACAGAACCCUGGUGUCUGAUACCUUCAUCCGGUUCUGGAGGAAGAGCUGUUGUUACAGAACCCUGGUGUCUGAUACCUUCAUCUGGUUCUGGAGGAAGAGCUGUUGAUACAGAACCCCGGUGUCUGAUACCUUCAUCUGGUUCUGGAGGAAGAGCUGUUGUUACAGAACCCUGGUGACUGAUACCUUCAUCUGGUUCUGGAGGAAGAGCUGUUGAUACAGAACCCCGGUGUCUGAUACCUUCAUCUGGUUCUGGAGGAAGAGCUGUUGUUACAGAACCCUGGUGUCUGAUUCCUUCAUCUGGUUCUGGAGGAAGAGCUGUUGUUACAGAACCCCGACUCUGUUCUGCUGUUCUGCUGAGCACCUCCAGGACCUGGAAUGUGAACAGAGGCAGUAACAGCAACAUGAACAGAGGGAUAACUCUGGUAGAACAGCAGGUCAGAGAACCUCAGUGGAUAGGUAAUUAAACGACAGACCUUGUGUCGGAACAUUGGCAGCGCUGUUACCAUGGAGACUGGCAAGCGAGGCUCGGUGAAUGUGAUAGGGCCUGGCAGCGGCUCCGUCUCAGAGCAGAGAGAGAACAGCAUCAACAACAGCAUGCCACUCCGGGCUCCUCUAACCACCUUGUUCCUUCACACAGUGCCAGGCUUUUCUUCACACCACCAGGCUCAGCCAGCUGCCUCCUUGGACUCCACGGCCCUCCGUCUGUCCAUCCCUCAGCAGGGUUCCACAGACUCCCUUCCCUUCCUGACUCUCCACCUACCAGCCAGGCUGCAGCUGCACCAGCAGGCCCCACAAUCAGGCCUGGGGCCGCAUGUGUCCCUGAGGGCCUCUGUGUCUGCGGCCAGACCCUCGAGGUCCGCUGGGAAGCACCUUUGUCCUCACUGCGGCCGGGACUGCAUGAAACCCAGUGUCCUGGAGAAGCACCUGCGGUGCCACACCGGGGAACGGCCCUACCCAUGCACCACCUGCGGCAUUUCUUUCAAAACCCAGAGCAACCUCUACAAGCACCGCCGCACACAGGCCCACGCACGCCUCGACUCCGGCUCAGGGCAGAGGUCGCUCGGAUCUCUGGGCAGUCUACAAGGUCACUCAUCCCUGGGAUCGAUGGACAGUCUGCAGGGACACCAAGCCAGUCUGCAAGGUCACUCAUCCCUGGGAUCGAUGGACAGUCCGGGCAGUCUACAGGGCCAUUCCUCAGUGAGCAGUCUGGGCAGUCUACAGGGCCAUUCCUCAGUGAGCAGUCUGGGCAGUCUACAGGGCCAUUCCUCAGUGAGCAGUCUGGGCAGUCUACAGGGCCAUUCCUCAGUGAGCAGUCUGGGCAGUCUACAGGGCCAUUCCUCAGUGAGCAGUCUGGACAGUCUACAGGGCCAUUCCUCAGUGAGCAGUCUGGGCAGUCUACAGGGCCAUUCCUCAGUGAGCAGUCUGGGCAGUCUACAGGGCCAUUCCUCAGUGAGCAGUCUGGGCAGUCUACAGGGCCAUUCCUCAGUGAGCAGUCUGGGCAGUCUACAGGGCCAUUCCUCAGUGAGCAGCCUGGGCAGUCUACAGGGCCAUUCCUCAGUGAGCAGCUUGGACAGUCUACAGGGCCAUUCCUCAGUGAGCAGCUUGGACAGUCUACAGGGCUAUUCUUCCCUGGGCAGUCAGGACAGUCUGCAGGGACAUCGUCUGCAAGGUCACCAGGACAGUCUAUUCAGUUUACAUGGUUCCAGGGAUGCCCUCACCUCCAGCCCCUCUCUAGAUACCCUCAGCCAGGACCCAGGCAGUCUGGAGAAUGGCAGCUCUCUCUCUGCUACCACCACCACCCUCUCCCCCAGCCCUGGCCAGAGGAGUGGGACAGAAGCAGGUAGAGACACAGACACAGGCUGGGCCCUGCAGCAGGCUGGGUUAGAGGGUCUCCUCCUGGCUGCUGGGAACCAGAGUUUAGAGUUAUCCAAGAGGAGGAGAGAAGCGGAGGAUACGAGGGAUGAACGGAGAGAGAGCAGGAAGGAUAAAGAUAGAGAGAAGUCAGUGUUGACCCUGUCCCGCCACCUCCCGCUGCGGAGACAGCAGGCUGCCAUCUUGUCUCAGUGGGAGGGUUCUCUGGCUAGGGGGAUGGCCCAGAACCAAGACAACUUCCUGUCUAGAGGGAAGUCCCAGAGCCACGACAGCACAGACUCCGGCUAUAGCGAGACCUCCAGCCCUGGGUCUGGACCCCACAACCCUGGGUCUGGACCACACAACCACAGCCCUGGGUCUGGACCACACAACCCUGGGUCUGGACCACACAACCACAGCCCUGGGUCUGGACCACACAACCACAGCCCUGGGUCUGGACCACACAACCACAGCCCUGGGUCUGGACCACACAACCACAACCCUGGGUCUGGACCACACAACCACAGCCCUGGGUCUGGACCACACAACCACAGCCCUGGGUCUGGACCACACAACCACAGCCCUGGGUCUGGACCACACAACCACAACCCUGGGUCUGGACCACACAACCACAGCCCUGGGUAUGGACCACACAACCACAGCCCUGGGCCUGGACCACAUAACCACAGCCCUGGGUCUGGACCACACAACCACAACCCUGGGUCUGGACCACACAACCACAGCCCUGGGUCUGGACCACACAACCACAGCCCUGGGUCUGGACCACACAACCACAACCCUGGGUCUGGACCACACAACCACAGCCCUGGGUCUGGACCACACAACCACAGCCCUGGGUAUGGACCACACAACUACAGCCCUGGGUCUGGACCACACAACCACAGCCCUGGGCCUGGACCACACAACCACAACCCUGGGUCUGGACCACACAACCACAGCCCUGGGUAUGGACCACACAACCACAGCCCUGGGCCUGGACCACACAACCACAGCCCUGGGUCUGGACCACACAACCACAGCCCUGGGUCUGGACCACACAACCACAGCAUGGAGUCAGUGGCAGAGUCUAUUAUGGAGAUACACGACCAGCCGGACACUUUCCACAGACAGCCUGAUCAAACUAACACCACACAGCUAAACGCCACACAUACACUCACACAGCCUUCACACACACCCACACAGCUAAACGCCACACACACACCCACACAGCCAAAACUCACAGUGUCUCAGCCCAGGAGCACAGUUUCAGUCCUGGCCCAGCAGAGUCUUGAAGAGAGAAUCUCCAAGCUGAUCUCAGAGAAUGAUGCCGUGGUGGAGGACAAACACCUGAACACAGUCCGACCCAGGAAGACCCUCCUGUCUAAACAGGGCAGCAUUGACCUGCCAAUGCCCUACACCUACAAAGAUUCCUUCCACUUCGAUAUGAAGACCAGCAACAGGCCUCCUACAACCAGCGCUGGGAUGGCCUGGCAGAGAGGGGAUAGGGGAGGAGGGUGGCCAGGUCUGUAUAGUUCGGUACAUACCCAGACCUCCACCAGCCUGGAGCAGGGGCAUCAUGCCCCCCUGACCCGCAGUAGCUCCCUGCCCCACAGUGUGGGUCUUCAGGGUACAGACAGAGCCAGCUCAGCCUCUCCUCACAACCCCCAUCCUCACCAAAGAGACUGGCUACACCUGGGCCGUAAGGGCAGCUCUGGACUACUUUACCCAGUAGGCUUUGCCACCAAGUCUGUGGACCAUCGUGCAUCAGGCCACCGCAUGCUGGUCAGACAGGCGGCCGUGGACAAUCUCCCGACGGACGGACCGUUGACGUUAGCAGCAGGCGACAAUGUCAUUCCCUGCGGUCUUGGCUCGGACGGAGACGUAGGCGCGGAUGGAGAGCUGAGUAGAAAGAGUCGUAGGAAGAAGUCCCAGAAGUUUGCCUACAGUAAGUGGUACAAGUAUGGAGGAGGAGGAGGAGGGACGUUCACAAAGCUCUACAGCCCAGAGAAGGUAGCUGAUCCGGGUGUGUUGAAGACUAAAAGGUCGUUAGCUGGUCUGGAGCCAGAGAGGGUCCUGGGGGUUCAGAGAGGCCCAGAUCUGGUGACAUCACACGUCUCAAGUAGUGCCACUGUGUGUCUUCCAUCCUGCCUCCAAGACAACCUUUCACCUGUCAAUCAUGUCCACUCAUAUCAAACACCUAGUCAUCUCCAUACCGCACCCACUUCCUGUCUCACACCCAGUCAUCUCCAUGCCGCACCCACUUCCUGUCUCACACCCAGUCAUCUCCAUGCCGCACCCACUUCCUGUCUCACACCCAGUCAUCUCCAUAACACACCCACUUCCUGUCUCACACCCAGUCAUCUCCAUAACACGCCCACUUCCUGUCUCACACCCAGUCAUCUCCAUACCGCACCCACUUCCUGUCUCACACCCAGUCAUCUCCAUACCGCACCCACUUCCUGUCUCACACCCAGUCAUCUCCAUGCCGCACCCACUUCCUCUCUCACACCCAGUCAUCUCCAUAACAUGCCCACUUCCUGUCUCACACCCAGUCAUCUCCAUAACACACCCACUUCCUGUCUCACACCCAGUCAUCUCCAUACCCCACCCACUUCCUGUCUCACACCCAGUCAUCUCCAUACCCCACCCACUUCCUGUCUCACACCCAGUCAUCUCCAUACCACACCCACUUCCUGUCUCACACCCAGUCAUCUCCAUGCCGCACCCACUUCCUCUCUCAAACAUCCCCUCCAGAGAACCCAGUCAGUCUCAAAAGAAGCGUUUUCUAACAGGACUGACUGUGUGUCUCAACGAUGUGGAAGCCAUGUUCCCUCAGAGAGGAAGAAGCAGAAAAUUGAGAAUAACGUUUGUCUUCUGGAGAGAGGAGGAGGAGGAGGAGGCCUAAACAGCAGCAUUAAACUGAACCAACUCUCAUCCUCAGUCAGAGGUGGGAUAGCCAAGCCCUUCUCCUCCUCGUCCUCCUCGGAUUCAGCCAAGACCAGUUUCCUCCCCAAGUACCAGUUAAUGAUUCCUACAGACUCAGGGCCUACGGGCCUCACCCCAACACAACCUACGGGCCUCACCCCAACACAACCUACGGGCUUCACCCCAACACAACCUACGGGCCUCACCACAACACAACCUACGGGCCUCACCCCAACACAACCUACGGGCCUCACCCCAACACAACCUACGGGCCUCACCCCAACACAACCUACGGGCCUCACUCCAACACAAGCUAGAGGCCCUGUCAGUGUUUCAUCAGUCACAGGCUUAGGACAGGCUCAGCGCAGGUCUGCUACACCUGUUUCUGUUCAGAGUCAACAUGCCAAACCAUCCAUAGCAUCGGUUCAAAGCCGGUUUGCUACCAUCACAGCCACAGCGGAGAAGCAAUCUGCCACACCACCCACAGCCUCAGUACAGAGCAUGCCCUGGAAACCAUCAGUAUAUGGUCAAUGUGUUACACUCAACACCACUUCCACAACAACCCUCCACCCUGCUCUCACAGUAGCAGACCAUGUCAACCCUCUAACCGAUGUUACUGCAGAGGUCAACCCAGAGGUCAACCCUCUAACCGAUGUUACUGCAGAGGUCAACCCUCUAACUGAUGUUACUGCAGAGGUCAACCCAGAGGUCAACCCUCUAACCGAUGUUACUGCAGAGGUCAACCCAGAGGUCAACCCAGAGGUCAACCCUCUAACCGAUGUUACUGCAGAGGUCAACCCUUCGUGCCAUACGAUAGCAGCUUUAGCAUGCCAUGCCAUUCCAUUCACUGAAACCCAGUCGUCCCCAUACCAUACAUCCAUAGCAUACCCUGCUAUACCGUUCACUGUUAGUCACAGCGGGCAGUCAGAGGGUCAGAAAGUGUUCCAUGUGAGGACAGCGGACCUCCACAUCUGUCUCCAGCUCAUCUCAGACGAACAGCUGGCGCUCAUAGAGCCUCAGAUAGAACGGCAGGAUAUGACAUCGGAGCCUCAGACGGAACGGCAGGAUAUGACAUCAGAGACAGGGCCUUCUCAUGGUCGCGUCCACGGAGCGAUGGAUCCAGGAGGAACCACAACGAUAAAGGAAGCACUCCAAACCAGUUCAUGUAUUCUACCUGAUGCUGAAACACAGGAGGGGGCAGUAAAGGAUGUGACACAGGAAGUCACUGAACCUAUGCACCCAGUAGAACCUUCUUCAACACAACAUGAGAACAACAGAGGUUUCUCUGGCGAUGAAGAGUGGCAGCAUUCAGAAGCAGUAUGUUGUCAUGACCAGGAGCAUCGCUCAACAGACACCCUCUCUAGUCCUGGAGCUCCUCUUACUCAGACUGACAGAUCAGAGAGGAUGGAAGCUGAUCCUCUAACCAACACAGAGCAGCAACUGUCUCGUAAUGAUCCACCUGACCCAGGACUAUUUCCUCAGAACCACCCAGACUCCGUCCUAGAGACUCCAGGACUAUUUCCUCAGAACCACCCAGACUCCGUCCAGGAGACUCCAGGACUAUCUCCCCAGAACCACCCAGACUCCGUCCAGGAGACUCCAGGACUAUUUCCUCAGAACCACCCAGACUCCGUCCAGGAGACUCCAGGACUAUCUCCUCAGAACCACCCAGACACCAACACCGUCCAGGAGACUCCAGGACUAUUUCCCCAGAACCACCCAGACUCCGUCCAGGAGACUCCAGGACUAUUUCCCCAGAACCACCCAGACUCCGUCCUAGAGACUCCAGGACUAUUUCCUCAGAACCACCCAGACUCCGUCCUAGAGACUCCAGGACUAUUUCCUCAGAACCACCUAGACUCCAACACCAACCUAGAGACUCCAGGACUAUUUCCCCAGAACCACCCAGACACCGUCCAGGAGACUCCAGGACUAUCUCCCCAGAACCACCCAGACACCGUCCAGGAGACUCCAGGACUAUCUCCCCAGAACCACCCAGACACCGUCCAGGAGACUCCAGGAAUAUUUCCCCAGAACCACCCAGACUCCGUCCUAGAGACUCCAGGACUAUAUCCUCAGAACCACCCAGACUCUGUCAACAUGACUCCAGCUCUGCCUCACAACCUGGUUGCCCAGUCUAGAACUCUCCAGAACCACCCAGACACCAACACGGUCACAAUGCUUCUUCAGAACCACAUAGACACUGGCAACGUGGCUCCAGUGAGUCUAUCUCUGCCUCAGAACCACACCCCCCUGGCUCCACUGAGUCUAUCGCUGCCUCCAUUUCUCCCUCCGAGGACACCAGGCGGUGCAGCUUCUGCCUCUCUGGGAGGUGUGGAACCAGCCAGGAGUCUGACAGACAGAGGAGAAGAACAAGGCCUUCCUCUGCACCUCCUCCUUUCUUCAGACAGGACAGUCAGUGAAGUAGUCAGCCCCUCUCAUCGGGGCUGGUCUGAACAGGGCGUCAGUGAAGUAGUCAGCCCCCUGGUCUGUACUGGACUGCUAGCUGGGGAACCCAACUCAGCUGGACCGCCGGUCUGUACUGGACUGCUAGCUGGAGAACCCAACUCAGCUGGACCGCCGGUCUGUACUGGACUGCUAGCUGGGGAACCCAACUCAGCUGGACCGCCGGUCUGUACUGGACUGCUAGCUGGGGAACCCAACUCAGCUGGACCGCCGGUCUGUACUGGACUGCUAGCUGGAGAACCCAACUCAGCUGGACCGCUGGUCUGUACUGGACUGCUAGCUGGGGAACCCAACUCAGCUGGACCGCCGGUCUGUACUGGACUGCUAGCUGGAGAACCCAUCUCAGCUGGACCGCCGGUCUGUACUGGACUGCUAGCUGGAGAACCCAACUCAGCUGGACCGCCGGUCUGUACUGGACUGCUAGCUGGAGAACCCAACUCAGCUGGACCGCCGGUCUGUACUGGACUGCUAGCUGGAGAACCCAACUCAGCUGGAUCGCCGGUCUGUACUGGACUGCUAGCUGGAGAACCCAUCUCAGCUGGACCGCCGGUCUGUACUGGACUGCUAGCUGGAGAACCCAACUCCGCUGGACCGCCGGUCUGUACUGGACUGCUAGCUGGAGAACCCAACUCAGCUGGACCGCCGGUCUGUACUGGACUGCUAGCUGGAGAACCCAACUCAGCUGGACCGCUGGUCUGUACUGGACUGCUAGCUGGUGAACCCAUCUCAGCUGGACCGCCGGUCUGUACUGGACUGCUAGCUGGGGAACCCAACUCAGCUGGACCGCCGGUCUGUACUGGACUGCUAGCUGGAGAACCCAACUCACCUGCAGUCAACCACAGCUUCACAGCAGGAGCCAAGAAGAGCUGUGACAGAGGAGGAGAUGAGGAGGAGGAGGAAGACUCCAGAAGAACAAGCCUGAAAGAUGAAGAGGAGAGGGAGGAGUGGGAGGAGAAGAGGGAGGAGAGAGAAGAGGUUUUGGAAGAGACAGAGGAGAGUGAGGAGACAACGGAAACACCUGGCCAUACCUCUGAUGGGUUUAGAGGAGAGGAUGAAGCAGAUUCCCGUCACAGCAUCUGGACAUCGCUGCCACUUUACCGUCGUCUAUAUCAGACACCAACCAACGUGUCUCACACACUUUCGAAGGCCACUCAGCAACAGAUCAACUUAACUUCAGGAAAAGAUCCGUCGUAUAACCUACAGACCAACUGUUCCAAUGCCCCUGAACCCACCGUGUGCUGUAGCACCCCAGCCUUUAGUGAUACCAGCAUCUUCAGCAGAUCACAGAUUUUGCCUAAGACAGAGACAAACUGUGUCCUCCCCUCCAAACUACUUCAGAGCCACAGUGAGACUAACAUGGUAUAUACGAAUGUGAGUAGGGCAGGACAGACACACCCCUUCCCUACAGUAGACUGUUUGAGCAGGUUUAGGGCCCCUACAGCACAGUGUGUGAGCAGGUUUAGGGCCCCUACAGCACAGUGUGUGAGCAGGUUUAGGGCCCCUACAACAGAGUGUGUGAGCAAGUUUAGGGCCCCUACAGUAGACUGUUUGAGCAGGGUUAGGGCCCCUAGAGUAGACUGUGUGAGCAGGGUUAGGGCCCCUAUAACAGAGUGUGUGAGCAGGGUUAGGGCCCCUACAGUAGACUGUGUGAGCAGGGUUAGGGCCCCUACAGCAGAGUGUGUGAGCAGGUUUAGGGCCCCUACAGUAGACUGUUGGAGCAGGGUUAGGGCCCCUACAAUCGAGUGUGUGAGCAGGUUUAGGGCCCCUACAGUAGACUGUUUGAGCAGGGUUAGGGCCCCUACAGCAGAGUGUGUGAGCAGGGUUGGGGCCCCUAUAGCAGACUGUGUGAGCAGGGUCGGGGGAGUGCAGAGUAGUAGCCUGGAGGACCAAGAGGACAGUAGCAGUAGUGAUGAUGAAGGGAAACUGAUCAUUGAGCUUUAGACAGUUAGAUUUCCUAAAUGGAAUACAGACAGACUGGAAGAGGGGAGGAGGGGAGGAG